AACGAGGAACUAUUGACUUCUUAUUCAAAUGUGGUAUAACAUUUUUACCUUAUACUACAAUAAAUCGUAAAACUUUACUUGAUUAUCCAAAGUACAUUAGAUAUUUGGAUUUCGUGAAAUUGCGCCAGAUAAUUAACCAGUUGAUUGCAGGUGAUACAGCAAGGAAUUUAUUGGAACUUGAAAUUUCAAAGAUGUUGUUCUCUCGAUGUACUUCAAUUCUCGGACUUAUGCUUAUAGAUGAUUUACAUCCAAUACAUCAUUUUCCAAGAGCGAAUCAAGCACUUUCACAACUUAAUGAGUUUCAAUCAAAAUCAGAAAUGAAUUCGUUAUUCUUUUAUGGUUUAUCUCAAAUCUGUCGAAAUAUUCAGAAAUUGGAUGUUUUUUACACAAGGGAGAAUUCUGGACUAGUAACUUUGAUCGAAUUACAACAUGAGUUAAAAUAUUUUACGUUAUCAACUGAUAUUUUUCUUGAUACUCCUUCUCCAUAUUAUGAUUCUCCAUGCGAAAGUAUCGGAAAUGCUUUGAUCCUUCAUAAAAAUUCUCUUAUAUUGUUAGAGAUUUCCGGUAACGGGUGUAUUUCACUUGAAAUUAUUAAAGAAUUAACUAAUUUACGGAGAUUGAUACUCGGAAUUUCAUCUGAAGAGUUUGAAGAUUUCGCUCAUUUAGAAAAUUUAAAGUUGCCAUUUCUCGAAUCUCUUGAAGUUCAUUAUAUAAUUCCUUCGUUGAAGAAGCUAUCAAAGUUAAUCGAGUCUACAAAUGGAAAUCUUCAGAUAAUUUUCUUGGGGGCUGACCUUUUAGCUGAUCUCGGAGAUAUUGAAUUAUAUAAUAAAACAAUCGCGAAAUAUUGUUCAAAACUUAAAUUUGUUAUAAAUUUUAUUGGUUGGAAUGAUAACAUUGAUGGGGCUAAACUUUUAAAUAUUAUCAGGAAGUUUGGUUCAUUAAACCUAUCACAUCUUAUAUUCGAUGGUAAAAGUUGUUUGACACCUGAUGCUUUGGAAUUAUUUUUAGAAACUUGGAAAACGAGAAACCAAUUAUCUUUAUCAUUUUAUGGUUUAAGAAGUCUUCCUCUCAGUUUGGAAUUAAUUGGAGAAACAUUUCUUGAUAAAG